GGCGGGGCCGCGCUGGGGUCUGUGGGGUAAGCGCAGCAAGAUGGCGACCGAGACGGUGGAGCUGCACAAGCUGAAGAGCACUCCUUAAACUUUUGGAGGUCACAGAUAUCUUUGAAACUCUGAUGAAAGCUUGCUGAACUAAAGCAAGAAUGUCUUGCUCGUGGUUUAGAGACCAAGGGAAUAAAACAAGAUCUUAUCAAUAGGCUCCAGGCAUAUCUUGAAGAACAUGGUCAUUGGUGAUGUAAGGUCUAAAUUAACAACAUCAAGAAAACUUUUAGAGAUGGUCAUGGUGGCUCAUGCCUCUAAUCCUUGCACUUGGAAGGCAGAGGCAGGAGGAUCACCUCAAGUUCAAGGCCAAUCUGAUUUACAAACUGAAGAGGAAGCGAACGAAGAGGAUGUACUGGGAGAUGAGACCGAGGAAGAAGAACCAAAGCCCAUAGAACUGCCUGUUAAAGAGGAAGAACCUCCUGAAAAAGCUGUUGAUGUGGCAUCAGAAAAAAAGGUGGUAAAAAUUACAUCUGGAAUACCUCAGACUGAAAGAAUGCAGAAGAGGGCUGAACGAUUCAAUGUCCCUGUAAGCUUGGAGAGCAAGAAGGCUGCGCGGGCAGCUAGGUUUGGAAUUUCUUCUGUUCCAACAAAAGGUCUGUCAUCUGACACCAAGCCUAUGGUUAACUUGGAUAAACUAAAGGAAAGAGCACAGAGAUUUGGUUUGAAUGUCUCUUCCAUCUCUAGAAAGUCUGAGGAUGAUGAGAAGCUGAAAAAAAGGAAGGAGAGAUUUGGGAUUGUGACAAAUUCAGCUGGAACUGGAACUACUGAGGAUACAGAGGCAAAGAAAAGGAAAAGAGCAGAGCGUUUUGGGAUUGCAUAAUGAAAAGUUCAUGCUUUCUGCCCCAUAGUGGUUUCCAUUUCUCAAAUUCUUCUUGGUUUUUUAUACACACACACACACACACACACACACACACACACAGCCAUGUGCCUCACAGUGAGGAAGCGUGUACCUUGGUACAUCCUUGAAUUCCAGCAGCAGUUUGGUUUAACUGCUACUCUGCAUUUAAGGUUGUUAUAUUUUUGUUUUUAAUUAUUUUGCUUAUUAAUAAAAAAAGAAAGAAAAGAAAACAUGUGUUUUAUUAGGUGCUCCUUUAAAUUCCUAGAGCUAGGUUAGGAAAACCACACAGAGAGAGUGUCAGUGGCAAAUAUUAGGGGGAAUUAACUGUAAUGCCUUCAUCCCAUGGAAAAGAAGAUAAGAAAAGAUUGAGUCUAUCUUUUAAGCCUACUUAGUAUGUUUUUCAUACCCACAGAUAUGCUUUUAUUUAUUUUUCAUGAUGAGGCCAAGUCACCCAAAGGUUGAAAUAGCCAGGUGGUGGUGGUGCAUGUCUUUAAUCCCAGCACUCAGGAGGCAGAGCCAGGCGGAUCUCUGUGAGUUCAAGGCCAGCCUGGUCUACAGAGUGAGUUCCAGGACAUCUAAAGCUAUGCAGAGAAACCCUGUCUUGAAAAACCAACCAAAUAAAUAAAUAAAUAGAGGUUGAGAUAAUGUGGAGAAAGUGUGGGAGAUUUUAGGAAAUGUAAAGAAUAAGAUAUGGGACAUUGAAUGAAGCCUAACUGGAUAAAAUAGAAUCCAUUAUGAAAGGGCCCCGUUUCCCAGGAUGGUUGGCAUGGCACUGUCUGAUUAGAGCAGAGGUCAGCGUGUGGGACCUUGGUGGUUAUAGCUCAAGCAGGUGACUGGGCUGGCCACUCCUUUGGUAGAAGGAUAGACACCUGAGUCAAGACCAGAUGUCAGAGAUGCUAAGUGUUGUUACCUAGGUUGUUGGGAUGUAAGUAGAACAAGAUGCCUGGUGUUUUUGCUCCCCAUCCCAGUGUGGGGUCAGACACAGGGAUGUAUCUGCUGGGUAAGCACGUUAUGGCUGCACUUUGUAGUCAGGCUCUGUGCUCCUUGGUCCUCUUCUGCUGCAGAGUGCUAUUGCAGCUGUGGUGGGAACGUGUCGUGGGUGUCACUAAAAUUCAUUCUCUUUUUCUGAGUCACCUACUUAGCAGAGGUUUGGCUGACUAAGCAGACUGCUUGUUUCUCUAAGUUACAUGUAAGUCUGAAACCUGCUCCUUAGCCUUUUCGAUGUGUUAAGUCCUCUCCUCAUGUCCCUUCUUUUUUCUCCUGGUUUUUGAGAGAGAUCUCACUGCAACCUGGAGGAGGCCUUGAAUCGGUUCAGCCUUCUUAGCCUUCUAAGAGCUGUGAUUACGGGCAAACACCACCACACCUGCUUGGGUUUCUCAUUUUAAUCUCUGUAUUUCUGGAUCAAUAAAUGCUUGGUUUGGGAGAUUUCUUUAGGAAGGUCAUAAAAGUUACUUUAGUUGAAAACUUUGCUACCAUAAUUAAAUCUUGUGUUGCUGUGAUGUAAAUCUUUGUCCUUAUUUCUACCAAAACCAGCUGGUUUUUUGAUUAAUAGAAAGUUAACCUUUCUAACAUUGCAGUCUUGUGCCAUAAAGCAUGAUGUGUGCCUGUAAUCACAACACUCCUGGGGCAGACUCAGGCCUGCUAGAAAGGUUUAGGAGAACUUCAAUGGUGCCGUGGUGAACAGAGCAAAGUUUGCCAUUUAUUGUGAAAUUAGUCUCCUCUGAGACCUUGGAAAAACUGAACACAGAAGGAAAAGUUGAUUAAACUUAUAUCACCUCAUCCACAGCAAUGAUGUAAUUGGGUGAGUUUCUCUUCCCAUCAUUCUCUUCUGUCAGCCCCACCCCCCCCCUUUUUACACAAAACUGUAACCUCCAGUUACUUUUUUCAUCUCCACAGUGUCUUCAUCUGAAAACCAGAGAAUUGGUGUUUUGUAUUAGGAGACAGAGUAUAGGUUCUUUAGUAUUUGUAUCCCAGAAUGAUUAUAAAUAAAUAAAUAUUGAAGGAAUAAAGUAGAUGCUGAUAAUAGAAUGUAGCAGUGGGGGUCCUUCAAUGUGGCGUUGGUUUUUUGAGACAGAAUGUCUCUAUGUAGGUAGCCCUGGCUGUCCUGUAAUUCCCUUUGUAGACCAGGCUGGCUCAAAUUCAGAGAGAUUUGCCUGCCUCUGCCUCCUCAAUGUUAAAGUCAUUCCUGGUAUCUAUGUGAUUUUUUUUGUUUUGUUUUUUGUUGUUGUUGUUUUGAGACAGUGUUUCUCCAUUUAGCCCUGGAUGUCUUGGAACUUGUUCUGUAGACCAGGCUGGCCUUGAACUCAGAGAGCCCCUCUCCCCUCAUUAAGGUGUGAGACUCCACAACCCAGCACUGAUCUUUAUCUCUUUGUCCUCCAUAACCUUGCAGAGACAUACUCCACUCAACCUAGGGUUCUUUCUGCUCUCAUCCACCCUCAUUUUUGAGACAGUGUCUCACUUUGUAGUCCAGGCUGCUUCUGAAUUCACAGCAUCCUUCAGCAUCAGCCUCCUGAGUGCUAGGAUUACUACCACGGCUGGCUAAGAGUCUUUUUGUGGUUUUACUUUUAUGUGUGUAUGACAUAGACAUGUGUUCAUAUAGGUAGGUAUGUGUGCCUGUUGAAGCUGGUAGUCCACAUCAGGUUUCUCACCAUUUGAUUUAUUGAGACAGGGCCCCUUUCUGAAUCUGGAACUCAUUGACUUAGCUAGGCUGGCCAGCCAAUAAUUUCCAAGGAUCUACUGUCUCUAACCUCCAUUUUUGGAAUUAUAGACAAAUGCUACUGGACCUGCCUUUUUAUGUGGGAACUAGGAGUCCAAACUCAGGAUCUUUAUACUUGAGCAGUAGGCAGUUACUGACUAGCCCCAGGUCCUCUUCUUAUUCCACAGGGCUUUUUUUUUGUUUUUUGAGACAGGGUUUCACUGUGUAGUUUUGGUGCCUGUCCUGGAUCUCACUCUGUAGCCCAGACUGGCCUUGAACUCACAGAGAUCCGUCUGGCUCUGCCUCCCAGGUGCUGGGAUUAAAGGCAUGCACCACCACUGCCUGGCUCUUUUUUCCCUUUUUUUUUUUUGGUUUUUCGAGACAGGGUUUCUCUGUGUAGCUUUGCGCCUGUCCUGGAACUCACUUCGUAGCCCAGGCUGGCCUCGAACUCACGGAGAUCCGCCUGGCUCUGCCUCCCGAGUGCUGGGAUUAAAGGCUGCGCCACCACCUCCCAGCUCUUUUUUCUCUUUUAAUUAACCCUUUUUGUUCCGUUUCUCUAGCUGUUCAUACAAUGGUCAGAAGAUUCUCUUAACUUCUAAGCCUGAACGUCCUCUUCUGUGUCCUUUAGUCAUUCCACACAAUGAGCGUGAGUAGAUUAGAAUGCCUAUGUUUUUACUAAUUUAGUCUUUAGAACCCAAGUCCAUUUUGUUUGGCUAGACAGACAUCUAGGUUUGGGACCCAAGCACUGUUCUUCAUCUCCCAGUCUUCUGUGGUUGAUACAUCGACAUUCCCCAGAAGUUCUUAAGGGAUCUGUGCUAGCCAUAGUGAGGGCUGGCUCCCUUAGCUGUACAGUUGUACCUUUUGAUGGUUCUGCCAUCUCUGAGAACUGCUGGAGGUAGAAACUUUAGGGGUGACGGCUAUAGGAAGGAAGGUAUAAGAGCAAUAUUUCUUGAGUCUUUGAGACGUGUUAGUCUGACAUGAGAAACAGGGAGGAGGGAAUUCAGAUAGUUGAAACAAGAUGACUUUUUUCCCCUCUGGUUUUUCAAUACAGGGUUUCUCUAUGUAGCCUUGGCUGUCCUGGAACUCUGUAGACCAGGCUGGCCAAGAACUCAGAGAUCUACCUGCCUCUGCCUUCCGAGUGCUGGGAUUAAAGGCGUGUGCUACUCUGCCUGGCUAGAAUAAUUUUUUUCUUGUUUCUUUCUUUUUUUUUUUGGUUGGUCUCAAACUCACAGAUAAGUUUUUCUUAACUUCUCUCAUACAAGGCCUCUGAUAGACAGUGGCACUUAUUUUCUGUUUAUUAAUCCCUCCAAAAUCUAAUAUCCCUUUCUUGUUUUCUUCUUGAGGUAAGUCUCUUAUAGCCCAGGCUGGCCUCAAAUGGGCUAUGAAGCAAGCUGAGGGUGACCUUGAAUUUCUGGAUCUUUCUGUUUCUCCCUCUGUAGGGCUUGGAUUACAUGCCUGUGCCAGUAUGCCUUAUUUUAUGUGGUGCUGGGCAGGAACUCCAUAUUCACUAGGCAAGCACUCUAUCAGCCAUGCUACAUCCCAUCCCUGAGCUCACUAGUUUUUCUCUUGAAAGACAUUGGAAAAGGUUCUGUACCCUGCCAACCCUUUGGAUCCAAAGUGUUUUUCAACUUUCUCACUUUGUGUUGUCCCUGAAUUCAGUUUGCUGCCUCUCAUAUCAUUUAACAACAGAUUAAAUAGAUUAAAACAUAUUAUUGCGUGUUAACUACCUGGGUCCGAUUCCUUGUACCUUACUACUUAAUUGCUCUGUGACUGUUUGCAAACUACUGUGAGGGUUACAGUAUUAAUUAAAUGACGUUAUGAUGUGCUUAAGCACACAUUCCUAAUUAGUUUACAUAGUAGUUUCUGUGAGCAUUAACUCUGAAAUUUACCCAAGCAAAAACAGAUCUAGGAUAAGUGGUAAACUCACCCCCACCACAAGUAGGUUCCAGCUAGAGGAUGGGGGUCAGGUGGUGAGUGGAGUAAUCUGCGCCUUUGUGUUUGUAAAUGCACCCGUUUAUGCAGUCUGGGUUCUUUCGGGGGCGGCAGGUGGGUGAGACUGAGAAGAGGCCUAAGCAUUGCCCCUUUAGUCUAGCUCAUUGGCAGGAAAGCUUUGAUGGAAUAAAUGGGACAGAGAGAGCCAAGUGGUUCAGUGAGUCCUGGGACUCCAGCAAGAUUACUUUGCCACCCCUGGCUCCGAUGCCUUAUGAAUUGUGCUGUAGGCAUGUGGGAGUUUUUAUAGUGGAUUCAGCAUUUGAAACACUUAACUACAAUGGGGAGCUGCCGGUUGAUUUAAGCCUUAAGUCCUCUCUUUCCCAGCCUCUGUCCAUCCUCUAUCUGUGUGUCCCAGUCAUCAUUCCCCAUACCCUUAGUGUUUCCUUUCUUGCUCCAUGGUCCUCAUCUUCUUAGUCCUCUUUUUCUUAAAAAGGUUCUUUUCUUAGAUCCUUUAGUUCUUAGUCUCCCAGUGUAAACGUGACCCUCAAUUAGGGAGAAGAGCUCACCACUGAAUUCUAAACUCUUUGACUGCUUUUAUUUUUCUUUUUUCAGGUUCAAGUGCUGGAUUGUGUCAUGUGACCGUCCCAAAACUCAGAGCACCCUAUGGCCAUCUUUGCCCUUUGUCACAUAACUUGAAAACUGCCUGAUGGCCUUUUUGUAAUGGUUCCUUCCUGGAAACCUUGGUUUCAGUGGAGAAGUCCUUUCCUGGCAUUCCAGUGCCCCUGUCAGCCCCUGUCCUCAAACACCCUAACAAACAAAGGCAAUCACACACAUGAUGUAACAGAUACACAAGGAAAGAAUUACACUAGUAACGAUACUUCCAGAGGAGACUGGCCAGUCCACGCAGGUAAGGUGUGAGAAGUACCAGGUCCUACUCAACUGCGAGGCCAUGUCCUCAAGCCUCUUAGGGGAUAGGAAAGACCAGGAAACUGAGGCUUAACUCAGGUUUGUAUUCAUAAGAGAACCCCUUCCCCCUGGAAAGGUAUUUACUUGGUGGUAAUAAAGAGGCAAUAUUUGAAGUUUAAUGCCCCAGCUCUCUAAACUGUAGAGAAGUUUACCUGAUAACUAAUUAUCCGACCCUUCCUUACCUUUUCCAAGAUUAAGAGGCAUUUGACCUUGGAGGAAAGCAUCUUCUCUCUGCUUUUCUAUUCCUCUCCUCCACCAAGGAAGUGUGGUUAGUGUUGAUGGUCAAAUGUGUCUUGUUCUUUAAGAUGGGUAGAAAAAGAGGAUGAAGAACAGGGCCAGAGAGGAGAGGCUUGGGACUCACAGCUGCUACAUGGGAAGUGAGUUGAAAGGCUUAACCCUUGUCCAUUCCUCAUAGGAGACAUCUUACCUCCUUUUCUCACUAUGAGAAUAGGAGUUAGGUGCCAAGGAUAGUCACAUACCUUUGUCCUUUCUAUGGUCUGGCCCAAGUGAGAGAAACAUGCUCUUAGGAAGCACAGACCUUCCUGGCCAGGCUUCAGUUCAGUACUUUUUCUACCAUAAUGGCCGGCUCUACACGUGAUCAUUUUGCUGUAAUCUCCCCUCUCCCCCCAUCCUCUUAAGACUUGUCUGGAGCCAAGAGGCCACUGGUGAGGUAUGGUUAGGGUGUGGAGAUUUUCAGCUCCUUGGCUUCAGGCAUUGUCCAGCUGAGAGGCAGAGGGUGCUUGUGCUCUGAAGCCUGUGACUCCUUUAAGCCUCACAUUGUGGUGCCCUGGUUAUCUAGUCCCACAGCGAGAGGUAUUUUAUGUCCAUAAAGUGCCCGUGGUAAGUGCUCAGAAUUCAUCUCUUGGCUGUGGCGGGUGCUGCUGUUUCUCAUUCCAUCAAGGGGAAGGAACUGAGGCACAGUGAGUCCAGAGGAGGGUGGAUCAGGAUUGUGGGAGGAAUGAAUGGGCCCAGUUAGUGACUUGAAGUGGCAACUAAUUGCUUGCCUGCUUCCUAAGCCUUCCAAACCAAGGACUCUCCAUCCUCCCAUCCUCUGCUGUAACUGGCCUUGUCACAUGCCUGUACUGUCCCCUCCCUGCUUUCAGGUACUGCUAUAUUCCAAAAAUAAAAGAUAAAAUUAUAGACA